ACUUUCGUUUUGUCACCAUGCAGAGGCAGGUGAGCAGCCAGCGCACAUCCCUGACCAAGUCCAAUGUGGCCGGCGCCUUGGGUGUCCCGCCGAAGGCGAAUAUACAGUAUUUGCCCAGCUAUCGCACGGAGCCCAGGAAUCCAUUGAACAAGGAACGAUUGGAGCUCACCAUGCGUACAAUUAUGAACAGGAACUACAACGACGAUUAUCUAUUCCAUCCGAGACAGUCCUGUCAUCUGGCUGCCCAAGUCAGCGAAGAGAUAAAGAACAGCAUCAAGCUCAUGAAUUUCGAUAGAUACCGUUACAUUGUGCUGGUCACCGUUGGAGAGCUGCUCAUGCAGGGCCUCUGCUCCAUGGUCAACUUUCUGUGGGAUGCCGAGAAGGACGGCUUCGUCACCUACUCCAUUAAGACACCCAAAUUCGUUGCCGUCUGCACCAUAUUCUACUUGUAUUAUGACUGAGUGCGUGUGGCGUAACGAACCUAAAAUCAAAAUUAAUGAAAGUAAUAAAAGAAAGAUCAGCGAAAAUUAAUUAAUUAAUGGGAGAAAGGAGUAUAAUAGAAACGAAAAGAGGUAAAUGUGGAGGAAGCAUAGAAUAAAGCGUAGAAAAAUAGAAAGAAUAGUUUAGGUCUCUUACAGC